GGCCGGGCCGAUUGACUGUGAGAAGUGGCAUUUUCGUAAUUUAAGACAUCAUAUUCAAGCCUUGCUAGGGUAGGCGUCCGCUUUUUCUGCUCUGAUGAAACGCAGUCCAUCCUCAGAAAACAAAAUCUUCGUCGGCGGGCAGCUCCCUCAGGUAAGUAAGUCAUGGUGAAGCACAACAAUGUUGUGCCCAAUGGGCACUUCAGGAAGCACUGGCAGAACUACGUCAAGACCUGGUUCAACCAGCCUGCUCGUAAAGUCAGGAGACGCCUAGCUAGGCAAAAGAAGGCCGUGAAGAUCUUCCCUAGGCCUACUGAGGGACCACUUAGACCGAUUGUUCAUGGUCAGACACUGAAGUAUAACAUGAAAGUCAGGGCUGGAAGGGGAUUCUCUCUUGAGGAGCUCAAGGCUGCUGGUAUUCCCAAGAAACUGGCUCCAACUAUUGGAAUUGCAGUGGACCACCGCCGCAAGAACAGAUCCUUGGAGGGUCUCCAGGCUAAUGCGCAGAGGCUGAAGACCUACAAGGCCAAGUUGGUUGUCUUCCCGAGACGGCCAAGGAAAUUCAAGGCUGGUGAUUCUACUGCAGAGGAACUCGCCAGCGCCACCCAGGUGCAAGGCUCUUACAUGCCUAUUGUCAGGGAGAAGCCUUCUGUUGAGCUUGUCAAGGUCACGGACGAGAUGAAGUCGUUCAAUGCCUAUGCCAAGCUCCGCGUGGAACGCACGAACAAGCGCCACUAUGGUGCCAGGUUGAAGAAGGCGGCUGAGGCUGAGAAGGAGGAUAAGAAGUGAAAACUCCGGUGAGAGGUUUUAGUCGUGCAUCAGUCCUAUGAUGACUACUCUAUCAGUUUUGGUUAGAGUUUCUUAAUGGAUGUUAUGCGAAUGAUACGUUUGAUAUAGAUGUCUCUAUUUUUUUGUUAUCGAAACUGAAGUAGAUUUUUGUUCGGAUGGCCUAUGUUUUCUUGACCAUUUCUUUGAGUCUAUUGUCCACGUAAAUGUGUUUAUUGUUGAGUCUUUGCUUCUCCGAUGUCUCUGAGGAACAAAACUUGCGUUUCUGUAGGAGCAUUUUUUUUCCCCA